AUGAAAUCCGAAUUUGUUCCUGCCAUUGCUUCACAAUCCUUGGGGAGAGCCUGGCACCACAGCCUUGAUCUUAAGAUCAGUCUAUGCCAUCAGUAUGGCUUCGGAACUGUAGAACUGUUCUUUGAGGAUCUCGAAGGUGUUGCCAACAAUCUCCCACGCUCCCACCCACCUUUGCCCGCUGGCACAUCCUUUACACGGUCGACCGAACAACAAGAAAAGCAGCUCGCCGCUGCCCGGUACAUUCAAGAACUAUGCGUUCAAUAUCAAGUGGAAAUACUUUGCCUUCAACCUUUUAUGCAUUACGAUGGCUUGAUCGACACGACUGCGCAUACGGCGGCGAUCGAAAAGCUACACUUCUGGAUCAGACUUGCUCAUAUCCUCGAAACAGACCUCAUUCAGAUACCUUCGAAUUUCCUCCCUGAACUCCAAUGUUCUGGGUCUCGGGAAAGGAUUGUCGCGGAUCUGAGAGAAGUAGCUGAUGUUGGCCUACGAAGUAAGCCUCCGGUGCGGUUUGCAUACGAGGCUCUUUGUUGGGGUACGCAUGUCGAUACUUGGGAUGCUGCGUGGUCGAUUGUGAGGGAGGUUGACAGGCCAAACUUUGGCACUUGUCUAGAUACUUUUAAUAUUGCCGGCCGUGUCUUUGCAGAUCCGGCCUCCGUCACAGGCAUGACAUCCAAUUCAUACGAGGACACGCGGGAGACAAUUGCAAAGCUUCGUUCGGAACUCUCAAGCGCCGUCGAGAAGGUCUUUUAUGUCGAGGUCUGCGACGGCGAACGACUUGAUCAACCAUUGGUACCUGGCCACAAGUGGUACCAUCCUGAGCAAAAGGCCCGUCUGUCGUGGUCGAGAAAUGCCAGACUCUUUCCGUUCGAAGAACCUGGUUAUCUGCCAGUCCUAGAGAUCCUCGAGGCGAUCUGUGAGGCGGGUUACAGAGGACCCAUAUCAUUCGAGUUCUUCUCGGAAUCUGCAAAUCAGCCUGGCAAGGGAGUCCCGGAAGAGCAUGCCAGACGUGCGGCGAUUUCUUGGUCUAAAUUGGAAGAGCAUAUGCAUUGGAAUGGCUCGACAAAUGUCUCACGCAAUGCUAGUCUUUCGAGCUCUACUCCUCCCAGUGCCACAUCGCUAUCGUCGUCCCCUCGAGAGUCAAAGAGAUGA